AUGAAUUAAGAAAUUUACCAAGAAAUUUUAGAUAAAGCAUUAAAUGAGACUUAAAAAGUUAGAGAAUCUAAGGAAGGUUGGAACUUUAUAAAGAAAGGAAAGUACUUGACUCUUUCCAAUACAUAAUAUAAAGAUCUAAACUAUAAGAUGGUUAAAUUAGAGGGUAUAAUACCUGUUAAUUAUGAAAAAGCAGCUGAGUUCUAUUUUCAUGAUAACUAAGCUUAAAAGAAAGUUAGGAAUAAUAUUGAAGAAAUAACUAAAAUCGAAGAAAUUAGUGAAGAAACCUACAUAAUUUUAGUAAAGCUUAAAGCAAAGUUAGUCAUAGUCAGUGCUAGAGAAGUUAUUGGCGUUUAAUCUAUAAAAAGGCUCAACUAAAAUGAGAUUGUUAUUUAUAGAGCAAAUCUAAAUGAGCACCCCAAAGUACCUUUUAAAAAAAAUGUAAUAAGAUGUGAGGGUAAGAUAUAUGGGAUAUUCUUAACAAAAGUGGAUGAAAAUUAAACUAAAUUUGAAGCAUAUCUAAUACUUGAUCCAAAAGGAAAUAUUCCUGCUUUUGUAGUCAACUUUGUCACUGAAAGUUUACUCUCAGAAUUUGAGAAUGACAUUAUAAACAUCAUUAAAUAAAAAUGA